AAUAUUUACUAAAAAAGAAAAAGAAAAGAAUUAAUAAAUUUCCUCCCACAAAAAAAGGGAAAUAGUUUAUAGUGAAACAAAACAAGAUCUCCACCGUUGAUAUCAAUUGGCAAGGCGCGUGGUCAACCGCCAGAUCUGAAUAGCUUCGCGCGAAAGGAAAAAUCGAAGCGGCGGUUUGUUAGAGGUCACGUGCGUAGAGAGACUAUACAUACAGUAGAAUCUGUACGUAUAUUUAUUUGUGUGUGCGUGUGUGUAUAUAUAAGUAGCAGAGCAAUCAAGCAGGUUGUUGUGCCCUAUGAUUUCGAAAAAUCGAGAAGGAUCGUACUUUUAAAGUAUCCGAUGGAGUGUUUGAGUAAGAAAAGAAAAGGAUUCGAGAUUUCGGAAGCCUAUAAAAAAGACAACGAUGAACAAACCCGACUAUCGAUCCCUUUUUCGCAUUUAUCGUUAGAAGAUUUCUCAAGAAGGAAAAAGAAAUGCAAGGAAGGAACAGUUUCGAAAACCGUCGAUUCGAGUACGAGUGUUGUCACCGGUGCUGCCACCGCCCCAGCGUGUGGGACCGCCCGUUUGGAAUCUCCGAAUAGAGGUCUUAAAAGAAAAAUCGGCUGCAUCGACACCGCAACUAGAUUAGGCCGAAAGAAGAAAAUCGAUCAAGAAUACGAUUUGUCCGGAACUUUAGGCCAAGGGAAAUUCGGUUCGGUGGUGUUGUGCACGAGCAAGUCGACCGGAGAGGAGUUUGCGUGCAAGACUUUGCGUAAAGGGGAUGGAAUUGUUCAUAGGGAAGUUGAAAUAAUGCAGCAUUUAUCGGGGCAUAGAGGUGUUGUGACAUUGAAGGCGGUAUAUGAGGAUAUUGAAUCUUUUCAUUUAGUGAUGGAACUUUGCUCUGGUGGAAGAUUGCUCGAUCAAAUGGCGAAGGAAGGGUUAUAUACUGAGAAGAAGGCCGCUUGCGUAAUUAAGGAGUUGAUGCUUGCGAUUCGGUACUGUCAUGAGAUGGGCGUUGUUCAUAGGGAUGUAAAGCCGGAGAAUAUUCUUCUUACUGCCUCGGGGCAAAUGAAGCUUGCGGAUUUCGGAUUGGCUGUGAGGAUUUUAGAUGGUCAGACCCUGACUGGUAUUGUUGGAAGUCCUGCUUAUGUUGCUCCUGAAGUUUUGGUCGGUAAUUACUCGGAGAAGGUCGAUAUUUGGAGUGCUGGUGUCCUUCUCCAUGAAGACGAUUAG